AUGCCAGGAACUAAACUCAGUGAUCGUGUUAUUCUAGUCCAGGUUUUUGUGUCAGUUUUUCUUUUCAUCAAUGUUCUUCAAAUCACAACAUUUUUUAUGAAGCAGUUUUUCUACACAGUCAUGCGGUACAUCUUAUUUGCUAUUACAUUGCUAUCUGAUUGUCUGUUUUUAAUAAUCACGAAUACCACACUUCUUUUAGGCCAUUUUACAAUCACCAUACAAAUGUGGUUGUGUGUAAUUAUAUUUAUUGUUUUGUCUUUGUAUACAUUCAUCACACCAGUUACUCUAACAGCAAUGACCCUGGAACGCUACGUGGCCAUUUGCAUGCCAAUGCGCCACGCAGAGCUGUGCUCUACACAGAGAGCACUGCAAUUCAUCUUGAUCAUUCACAGUCUCAGCUCUGUGCCCUGCAUUGUUGUUCUUUUCAUGUUCUUUGCAUCAGCAAACCCCAGCUUCUAUUUCCAAGGAAGAGUAUGUUCUGCUGAGAUGUUAAUUAUCUACAGAUGGCAGGCUCAUGUUAGGUCAGCUGUAAGUCAGUUUUACUUCUUGAUUAUGAGCACUACUAUUGUUUUCUCCUAUGUUCAAAUAAUGAGAGUGGCCAAAGCUGCAUCAGGAGAGAAUAAGAAGUCAACCCAUAAAGGCCUCAGAACAGUGGUUCUUCAUGGUUUCCAGCUGUUUCUUUGUCUCAUUCAGAUGUGGUGCCCGAUCAUAGAAGAUGCUGUCUUUCAAAUUGACCUAAAUGUAUUCUCUACUGUUAGGUAUUUUAAUUAUAUAACAUUUAUUCUUGCUCCAAGAUGUCUGAGCCCUCUGAUCUAUGGCCUCAGGGAUGAAAAGUUUUUUUAUGCACUAAAAUACUCAACUCUCAAUGGCUUGUUUAAAGUGCAAAUAUCAUUUUAA